AUGGGGAAUGUGGAGGUGGCUGAGAGCCACGUCCAGGCUUUUGCCAGCCAGGCCCCGGCCACGCAGCCCCCGCAGCGGGUGUGCCUGCUCCGCUGCACCCUGCUGUCAUCCCUCCUCCUCCUCCUGGUCUGCAGCAUCCAUGAGACGGAGCAGAACAGCUACUGCCAACAGAUCAUCACGGAGAAGCACCUGGCCGAGCUGGAGGAGCUGGCUGACACCCAGAUGCAGCACCCAGGCAGGGUCUCCUUCAAGUUCAUCAAUAAGAUGCAGUUGAAUGACUCCGUCUGCUAUGUGAAAGCUGCCUUUCCUCUGCUGGGCAAGAUCCUGGAGCGAACGGAGUUCAAGGAGAACUCGUCCAAUGCCAAGAAGAUGCAGAUGGUGCGCAGGAUGUACAGGCGCAUCGAUGAGAAUGUUGACCCCUGCAUCAGGGAGGAGGAUGAUGAGGAGAGAAAGCUCUCGCAGAUGUGCUUUGAGGAGUUCACCACCUCCCCCUAUGAGAUGCUGGUGCUGGUGAAGCAAUUCUUCCAGGACAUCAACCAGCUGCUGCAGAACCAGGAGACCUUCGAGAAGGAUUGCAGCCAGGUCUACCGCAGGACCUGCUUGGGACCCAGGAAGGCUGAAUCCCCACCAGGUGUGGGGACAGAUCCUGACUGCAAUUGCCUGUCCCCUGCCCUCCCUUCUGCCACCCAGCCCUCCCUCUCCGCUGCCACCCAUGCUAGCAGGGAGGUGGCACCCGCUAGCACCCAGGUCCCUUACAGCCUCUUCCAUGCCACCCUCACUGACUUAGAUGCCCCAUCUCAGCCCCCCAGUAGCACGGAUGGUGGCUCGGGGACCGAGGAGGUCCUAGGUGCCGGGGUAGGUGACACGGCGUCAGUGCCGUCCCCCACGAUGCAGCAGACGGCUCCAGCUGACAGCGCCGAAGCCCUCCUGGAUCCGGCCGGGACCCUUGGCGUGGUGGCGGUGGACGUCCCCAUCCUGCAUGGGGACGGAGACCUAGUGGAAGGGGGGACUGAAAUGGUGGCCGGCCACCCGCCGCAGGAUCUGGCCCAGCAGCAGGGAGCCUCCAUCCUCCUGGACCAUCCCAGCGGGCUCAGGACCACCACGCCGGCAGCAUCCCCCAGCACUGGCUUGGCAGGCGGCAGAGCCACGAUCCGUCUCACCGAGACAUCCGAGCCCGUCACGCAGCUCCGUUUCUCCAGGAUGGCCCCAGAGAUGCGGGGCCGAGUGCCGGGCGGCCCCGGGGACGGGGCGAGGGUGCGAGGCUGGGGGCUGAGCCGGCUGCGGGAGCCUGAGGACGGCGGGGCUGGCCCCAGCUUUGACUCUGGCUUUGUUCUGAGCGCAGAGCAGCGCAGGAAGGAGCCGGCCGUCAGGGAGGGCCGCCAGGAGCCCCUGAUAUACAUCACGGUGGCCAGCGUGGUGGCCGUCUUGCUGGCCAUGGGAGGGCUGCUCUUCUACAAGUAUAAAUCCAGGGUCCUGGAGCGGCCGCUGGAAGAUGGAGGCUGUGACCCCGAGGAGCCAGAGAGGAGGGCCCUGCAGGGAGCAAGGGGACGUCCAGAGCUGGAGACUCAGGAGCUCUAAGGGCCCGAGGCGGGGUGUGAAGCUGCUUGGGGGAUGGAUCCGGAUGUUCCUCGCCAUGUGAAGGAGGGUCGGCACGCGCCGGCCCCUCC